AUGGAACCUUAUACUGGGAAUGAAAUUGUUUUAAAAUAUUUCGAAACUUACGAUGAAGAAACAUGGACUUACGAACAUUUUUUAAAUGAAUUAAAAGAAGCAAUUGUAAUUUCGCCAUCAUAUACUAACGACUGGAGCGGUUUAGAUGGUGCAUGUAUCAAGGGUGGCUUCUGGGUUGUAGUUAUACUUUUUGGUGUAGUGCGAUUCAGAGGUUUUGCCGUAGUUUUCGGUACCCAAGAUGAAAUAAAUGAACCUCGAAUGAAAUCAUUUUUCCAAGACAUUAUUCUUGAACGUGAAAAGAGAAAUGCCGGAAAAAAUUACGUAAUAGAAGGCGUAAGAGUUCUCAAUGAAGCAAGGUUUCGCAGUUCAGAUGAAACAGAAAACGGGCCAUCACAAACUCCAGAAGACAAGGUUGCAGAGGUUACAGAUGAUGAAGAAUGGGAGUUUGACACACCACAGCCAAGUUGGCUAAAAAAAGUGAUAGAGGAACAUUGUCUGUCGAAAAAUCCGCAACAGACGCAAUAA